CGAAGAGCAGAGGGAGGCAAAGCCCACUAAUAGCUAUGCUUUGAAGCAUCAUCGUCUUCAACUAGGUUUUAGACAGAGGGAGGGAGGCAUAGAGCAGUAGCAGCUUUCAGCAAUGGCGCCGAAGCAAAGAACAGCAAGAGUGAGCCGUAACCCUGAAUUGAUAAGGGGUAUCGGGAAAUACUCGAGAUCUGCUAUGUACCACAAACGUGGUCUAUGGGCUAUCAAGGCUAAGCACGGCGGAGCUUUCCCUCGUCACGAUCCCGUCGCUAAGCCUGCAGCUCCGGUCGAGAAGCCACCUAAGUUUUACCCUGCCGACGACGUGAAGAAGCCACUCCGCAACAAGCACAGGCCAAAGCCCACUAAGCUCAGGGCUUCAAUUACUCCUGGUACAGUGUUGAUUCUUCUUGCAGGAAGAUUUAAGGGAAAGAGAGUUGUGUUUCUCAAGCAGCUUCCUUCUGGACUUCUUCUCGUUACCGGUCCAUUCAAGAUUAACGGAGUCCCCUUGAGACGUGUGAAUCAAGCUUAUGUUAUCGGCACAUCUACCAAAGUAGAUAUUUCUUCGGUUAAUGUCGACAAGUUUGAUGACAAGUACUUCUCAAAGGAAUCCCAGAAAAAGACUAAGAAGGGAGAGAGCGAGUUCUUUGAGGCAGAUAAGGAGGACAAAAAGGUGCUCCCUCAGGAGAAGAAAGAUGAUCAAAAGACUGUCGAUGCUGGUUUGUUAAAAGCCAUUGACAGUGUUCCAGACUUGAAGACUUACCUAGGUGCCAGGUUUUCCUUGAAGGCAGGUGUGAAGCCACACGAGUUGGUCUUUUAGAGGAAAUAAGUGUGUUAGAGAAUUGUUUUUUGGUUGUUUGUCAAACUUGAAUCUUAAGUUUUAAUCAUUUACAAUUUUCUCAGUAUUAGACAUCUUCAAAACUUGUAUUCUUUGCUGUCUGUUAUUUUCCUUAAUAUAUUCUGUCCUCUUGAACCAUUUGGUUUUA